AUCUAAUGUCAUGUGUCGGUUAACUGUGACGUCACUCUUUAACCUAUAGAUAGCGCGGCUGCUAUCAGUAUAAAAGCAGCCAUGAGUGUGCCUACGGGGUUGUUGUAUUCUUGGCAUCAUCGAAUAAACAUGCAAGCUGCAGAACUGAGUACUUCCCUUGAGGCUAAAACAGUGGCGACGAGUAUGAGAUAGCCGAGAAGACAGAAGCCAGCACUGUCAUCGGCAAAAACCCAAGCGCCUUGACCGAGGACCACGGGAUGGCUUCGUGCGGCGGCCGGUUCGAGCAGUUCAUAGAAGAUGGGGAGGAAGACUUCGAGUCGUACGUCGAGCGGAUGGAACACUAUCUUCGAGCAACGAAGGUGAGCGACGACUUGAAAGUCUCGGUCUUCGUAACGGCCAUCGGGAAGCAAGCGUACCGCACGUUGAAGACGCUGUUAACACCAGUGAAGCCAGAACAAAAGGACUAUGCGCAUCUGGUCGCGGUCCUCAGGGAGCAUUACGCUCCGAAGCCGAUGGUAAUCGCCGAGCGAUUCAGAUUCAACCGGAGGGCCCAGCUCGAGAAGGAAACGGUGGCGACAUACACGGUUGAGUUAAAAAGGCUCGCGGCCACCUGCGAGUUCGGGCAGUUCCUGGAUGAAGCACUCCGGGACCGUUUUGUCGCGGGGCUAAAGGACCAGGCAGCCCAAGCAGAGCUUCUAAAAAAGAAAACUCUAACUUUUUCGGCGGCAUGCGACAUUGCCAGAAGCAUUGAACUCGCACGAGCAGAGACCAAGAUAUUUCAGCCAGCAGCCUCUGAACAACUAGAGGUGAACGCCGUCCAACGUCUAGGCCCAAACAGGAACGUCGGAGCGGCUACCAGGAAGGCGACGAUGGAAGUCAACACUGAGAGGCCCGAGGCGUCAGGCUGUUUCCGCUGCGGAGCACCCCAUCACGAGUCAAGUUGCCCGUUUCGGAAGUACAAGUGCCGAGCGUGUAGACGAGUGGGACACUUGGCAAGGGCCUGCAAAGCAACGUCCCGUUUGGUGCAAGCCGUGGACGACAGUAGUGUUACAGGAACACACCCACCGGGACAACCGAUGAAACUCCGGCCCAGCUGUUCCUGUCCUGGAGGCCCAGAACAAGACUGAGUCUGCUGCACCCCGACAUAGAGCAACGAAUGAAAAAGAGACUCGAGCGAACCAAAGAAUACGCAGACCAGCACC